ACCGAUUUUAAGCGAUUUUACCGAUUUUACCCAUGUUUUUACCAGUUUUUGUGACUAAGCGACUUUAGGUAGAAACUGAAACGUUUUGGUGGCCUGGAUACGUAAAAACGUAAGUUUUUACGUUUUAAUGCGCGAUUUUGACUACACUGAACACAACGAUUCCUAAGAGUCCUAAGAUGGGAGGUACCAUUACUCGAUUUUCCAGCCAAAAUCUUCUUACAAUUGUUGAAUCAAGUGUGACAGGUAUGGCUCUUACGAGGUAUGGCUCUUACGAGUUUCUUGUGAUGCCAUUCGGUCUCACCAACGCACCAGCCACGUUUUGCACUUUGAUGAAUCAAGUGUUCGAGCCAUUCUUGGACCGGUUUGUCGUGGUCUACUUGGAUGACAUCGUCGUGUAUAGCAAAACACUCGAUGAGCAUGCCGAGCAUCUACGCCAAGUCUUCCAAGUCCUUUGCGACAACGAGUUGUACGUCAAGAGGGAAAAGUGCACAUUUGCCGCCACGGAGGUUCCAUUCUUGGGGCACGUCAUUGGUGGAGGCAAGUUGAAGAUGGAUGGAGCGAAGGUGCAGGCAAUCCAAGAAUGGGAGCCGCCGACAAGGGUGCCAGAGUUGCGGUCAUUCCUCGGCCUUGCCAACUACUAUCGGAGGUUUAUCAAGGGCUACUCCAACAUUGGUGCCAGAGUUGUGGUCAUUCCUCGGCCUUGCCAACUACUAUCGGAGGUUUAUCAAGGGCUACUCCAACAUUGCAGCACCCUUGUCGGCGGCUCCCAUUCUUGGAUUGCGUGCACCUUCGCUCCAUCCAUCUUCAACUUGCCUCCACCAAUGACGUGCCCCAAGAAUGGAACCUCCGUGGCGGCAAAUGUGCACUUUUCCCUCUUGACGUACAACUCGUUGUCGCGAAGGACUUGGAAGACUUGGCGUAGAACAUCACUGGAAUCCUUUUUAACAUUUCUGUUUUAUCUUCCUUUUGAUCAGAUGGAACGUGAACAAAUUGAGACUGCAGCAGUUCAGAAUAACAAUGGAGAACAAGUACUUCCUCCUCCUGGUAAUUCUGAAAACCUUACUGAAGAUGCUCUUCCCCAAAAUCCCUUAGGUGCUAGUACUUGCUUUCAAAACCCCAUUAAUUAUCAGUCUGGUGAAAUGAGGCCACACAUCAGACUUUAAGCACCUACUAGCACCUAAGGGAUUUUGGGGAAAAGCAUCUUCAGUAAGGUUUUCAGAAUUACCAGGAGGAGGAAGUACUUGUUCUCCAUUGUUAUUCUGAACUGCUGCAUUCUCAAUUUGUUCACGUUCCAUCUGAUCAAAAGGAAGAUAAAACAGAAAUGUUAAAAAGGAUUCCAGUGAUGUUCACGAAAUCAGAGUUCAACCACUUUUCUAUUCUGCAAUGAUGAUUGAAUCCUCUCUAAAAGGGAUUCGAUCAUCAGCACGACAAAACAUCAUGGUUAAUCAGUAGCCUACUUGUUUUAGUUGGGAUUUUGAUGCAUUAGAUAAUUUACAGUUUACAAAGUUUUUAGGAUUAGCUCAAACAACUCCAAGUAGUGAUCAUUAGCAUUUUCACAUUUCGAACUUAGCUACAAGAACAAACAUCGAACUUAGCUAUCAACCAUUACCAUUACCAUUACACAGCCUUCUUACACAACCAUGAACCAUUACACAGACUUCUUACACGAAGCAUUCAAAUAUUCCAACAUCAGAAUCACACUAAGCAUUACCAUUUAGCAAAAUGACUCUGAUCAGUAGACACUACACACUAGUAAUAGUACUAUGUUUGCUUUAAGGUGAUUACCAUAUGAAUUCACUAAAUUAGGUUAAAAACAUUACACAAUAAACACCAACACCCAAGAACCAUCAAACAAAGGAUCGUCGAUUUACCUCAGCAACAAGCAGUUGAAGCACCACUUGCUUGAUGAGACUCACGAACAGAAAUCUGCAAAAACAAAGAGUAGAUUUUGUAUGCUUAGCGAUUUAGUGUUUCUAACGAACUAAGAAAGCACUAACAACAAACAAUUAAACUAAUUAAGGUCUACCAAACUUACUAAGAAUGCAGGAAAGGGGGAGUUCGAUUUCUAGAAACUAGGGUUUCGAGAUUUAGGGUUUGAUGAACUGCAGAUAAACAAAAUGAUGAAGUUAGUGAACUAUUUAUACACAUAUUAGAAAAAAUUGGGUUAAGUAAAGAAAGAAUUGAAUACUUAUCUCGAUAUUCUGGGAAACAAAUCGUCUGCAUGCACGACUCGAAGAGCAUUUCCGUCGAUUGAGACAUUUUAGGUGACUGGGGGCUUGAUUGAGGGUUAGAUUUAGGAUUAUAAGUGACGGGAUUGUCGAUUUACAAGGAAAAACAGUAGAGAAAGUAGGAGAAAUCGUCGGCAUCGAUAGAUUUGGUCGACUUCGGCGAUUCGCCUUGACAGAGUUGAGAGAAAAUUGGGGAGGAGGGCGGCUGGGAGUUUGUGAAAAUGAGGUCUCCAAACCCUAGCCCUAAAAUUGAAGAUUAUAUAUGCGCAUAAAACGACAUCGUUUUGAGUUUCGGGGUGGAUACGGGGCGGGGAACGCUGAAUCCGUCCCCAGCCCGUCACCGAGCUUCGCGGGCCGCGGGUUUACCCGUCACCGCCAGCAUAAAACGACAUCGUUUUGUGUUUCGGGGCGGAUACGGAGCGGGGGACGCUGAAUCCGUCCCCAGCCCGUCACCGAGCUUCACGGGCCGCGGGUUUACCCGUCACCGCCACCAGGCCCGUCUUCGCGGGUUUCAGCCCACCACAGUCGGGCGGGGCCUGUUGGAUGCCCAUGGCCCGCGGGCCCAUUGCCAUCCCUAAUGAUUUGGAUUAAAAUGUAAUUAAAACUUCAAGAAAGUUCAAAAGGCUUGGUCUCUCACAAAAAAAACAGAACUUCCCGUUUCCUUCCCCACUACCUUGUUCUCACGAAAAUAAAUCCCAACCCUAAUAACAUUGCCUCAACCCUUUCCCCCCUACUUCGAUAUCUCCAUUAAAUUCGACAAUUCCUUCGCCGCCCGUAUGAUCGUCAGUCAUGAGGGUAAUGUAGGUCAUUUUCACUUCAUGCACACAAAUCUAAUUAACCAAAUCCAUCAUAAAAUCAAUGAAACAAACAAUGGUAU